AUGGAGAUUGCGAUAUCGGUGAGAAAGUUACUCUUAUUACUGAUUGGUGAUGGAAGAGGAGGAGAGGUUAUGUAUGAUGAGAGAUCGUUUAACCAGGAGAAAGGCAUGGAUACUGGUUUUGGAAUUGAUGACCAGUAUAAUGUAUAUGACAGUGGCCUAUUUACAUCGCGAAACCCGUUUUCAACUCUAUACCGGCCUAAGAAAGAUGUUGAUGCUGAACUGUCCACGAGACAGGCGGUUGAGUUUGAUAAAGAUGCACAAGAUUCUGAUCUACUUGGUCUUGACCAGUUGUUGAAGAAAGGUUAG